GUUCCUUAUUUUCCUUUGCUCAGUUUUUCCGUGACUUCAGCACGGUGGAUAUCAAUUCAAUUAAGAUGUGUAAUUCCUUAAAAAAAAAGUCUUCGUCUGAGCACAUCAACAAAUAGUUUUGUUCUAGAAAGCAGCCCGUGCCCUACGUUGGGAAUAAAGUUAUUUCUCUUUAUUUGACAAUCUCCGCUUUUAAGGCAGACACUUACCAAAGUUAUAAAAGCACUAAGCACUUUAUUCUAAAAUAUCAGCAGAAUAACAUGUAGUCCAUGACACAAGUGCAACAGUUUCCUGCUCAAAGAUUGGGGGACUGCUUCCGAAGAAUUCAUGGAACAGAUUUCCGGAUAUACAUGCGCAUGUGUUGUUUGGUUUUUCCUUUCGGCUCUUGGAUACACAAGGAGCCUAGGUCAGUUUAUUUCACAUGGGAUUACCCAGUUUUCAAACCACUCAUUGACCACCAUGUAACUAAGGUGAAGGACGAAUGGGGAGCUACAGAAUUUGUUGUUACUCAUGUCACCAGCUGCAGAAGUGGUGGACUAGCUAGCAGUCUUCUCUUUGGGCUGUCUCCAUGCACUGGUGGAUUAGACCAAGAGUACCAGUUCAGUCCGGAAUGUUCUGUUGUGGAAGAUCCAAGGGAGAAGAUAACAAGCGCCAGACCGAUGAUUCAAGCAACGCUCCGGCAGUCACCCGCUCAAAAGAAGAACACCAACAAGAGGCAACUAGCAGCGAGAAGCUGCUGGAGCAGCUCGAAAGGCGCCUCUCUCAUCCAGAUCACAAAACACGUUUGCUGAAUCCAAAGGAGGCCGAACCUCUGGUCUCGCCUGAUCAAAGUGCCGUAACCGAAGACCAGCCUUACAUAGCGAUUGAUGCAGAAGCUGAGUACGGUACGCCUAGAAGAAGAAAGUCAAGUCGCCCUUUGUCAGAUCCUUCUGAAGGUAGAAACUCUAAGAGCGCUGGACCUGCUCCCGAGCAGACAAUAGAAUACCCCGAGAAUAGUGAUGGAGGGUCAAGACUGCAAGAACCUCCUGUCGUUGUGUCUAAAUCGUUGUCUUCUUAUUACGAUGCAAAGAAAGCGCACCCGUAUGUUAGGUCGUUGUCUCAGGAUGAGUCCAGAACUAAGGAGGCAGUAAAAUCUGCCCAGCAUGAAGAAUUACUCAAAGAGCUUAGUUUGCAUCCGCGCCUUCAGUCCACCGAGCAACGAAUUCAGUACCACCACGAUAUAUCUUGUGAGCCGCGCCUUCAUCUGACACAGCAGUACCAGCAGCAAUAUCAAUACCAUCCUCAUCAGCAGCAACACCAGCAGCAACAUCAUCAACAGCCGCUGUUGCAAGAAAAGAAUCAAUAUCAGCAGCCUCAACAGCAGCAAUUGAAUCAACAUUCUCAAAAACGACACCAACACAGUUUUUCGGAACCCAUUCAAUUUCAAGUUUCCGAACCGAACCGUCAGGCUUAUCGCCAGAUAUCUUACCAACAACCACAAGAUCUUUUCUCACAUCAACAACAAGAUUUUUAUCAAAACCAGCAUAUAAUAUUUCAGAAGCAACAACAGCGUUUCACACAAUCACAGACAACAAGAGGUCAUGAGAACAUUCUAUCAGAUCGAGGACAUCUUCAAUCAACACGUCCCUUCGAGGGCACCCUUUCAGCAUUGGAGGCUAAUCGUAAAAGUGCCGAACCUCAAAACAUACCUACUCAUUCAUCAGCUACAGCAAGCGCCACUUUUUCAUCCAAAAACAGCAGCAGUUACCUCUAUGCAAACUCAAAUGCCUCCACUGGUUCGAAGAAUGGAUCGGGUCCUGUUGGGCUCGAGAUGGGCAUAAAAAGUAUGGAGUUUGAAGACGACAGCUUCGUAGUUGAGACUGUGGAAAUCAUUAAACGCCCCGGACAGACGCUGGGAUUUUAUAUACGUGAGGGGAAUGGCUUCGACCGAUCCGACGGCGUCUUCAUUUCUCGCAUACAAAUGGGCACUGUGGCGCAAAGCAACGGGCUUCUCCAUGUUGGGGACGAGAUUGUCACUGUCAACAAUGUCAAGGUUGGUAACAUGUCCCUGGAUGAUGUUGUCAUCCUCAUGUCCAUUCCCAAGAAGCUGGUACUCACCAUUCGGACGCGUAGAAACAGCAGCAAGAAUAAAUCUUGUCCUUCUUUGCCCAUGGCUGAAAAACCUGAUCCUCCAAUAGUGGUUCUCAAAAAGGGCAGAUCUUCGUCGGCCUCAGCGCUAGAGAUGACAGAAAAAUGUCCGGACAUGUACGAGCCUGGACAGUCGUACGCUCAAUAUCCGUUUCAAACUGCCGAUUACUUACCUAGGAGAGAUGUGAGUCAAGACCGACAUGCCCCAGGCUCAAGAUAUACCAGUAUUUUUAUCACACCCCAGAGAGCGGAGGCCAAACUGCUAAAAGAUGAUGGCGUAGACAGUAGUAACUCCAGUGAUGGUUCCUUGCCCCGGAGCAUAGAUUCCAAGGAAAGGGUGUACCUCGGACAGGAAGUAGGCGACACUCCACAUACAGGCUACAUGAGUGUCACAAACCCUAUUUACGAUCAUUUUCCUCUAAUGUCCGAGAGGGAUUAUAAACACCACUAUUUACCGGACAGUCUGUCGAGAAAGUCGGCGCUGCCCAAAUCGCCAUCCAAACAAAGUCCGCUUGGUGCUUCUCCUCAUCUGCAUGGGUAUCGGAGCCGCACGGGCCCAGACACUAGUCCGGCGUACUCUGAGCCGCCUUACAUGAAUGUGGGUGCCCUAAGGGAGGGGCUUUUGCAGCAGUCACAGCAGAACUACCAACAUCACAUUACAUCUCCUCACUAUCCUGCCCAGCACCAGCAGCAUUUUACCAGCCAUUACCCUUUCCAGACCCAGUCACCGCACCAGAGUUAUCCACUACACACAUCACCUCAGGGCACUAUGCCAUACCCCAUCCAGUCGCCGCAGUACCGCGGGGGCAUGUCCGUAUCUCAGGAGGAGAGGAGAAGGCAAGAGAGACUUCGGACCCUCCUCAAUACGAAAUCGCGAUACGGACGCUUGCUAAGGAGUCGCUCCCCAGAGUGCUACAAUUCCGACUCGGAGCUUAUAUUUACGCACCAGCAGCAAAGCGACGGCCGCGGGUUUGCGUCGGAUUACGAGACCUACGGAGGCGCAUUUAGCGAUGACGAACCAGUCUAUUCCAUUCCAAGAAUACCGUCCAGUUCGUCUUCAGAGCUGGAGAAACUUCUGAAAAAGUUUACGACUCUGUCUCAAGAGUUGCAGCAGGAACAGAGCAAACUUCAACGACAACUUAGUACACGGGAUAAAGCGACACGUCCAGGUCAAAUUCCAUUAUCGAGAGCGGACAGCUUGUCUGGAGAUGAAUACGGCUUUCAGUCAAUAUCAGGCCAGGGAUCACCUGUGCCCAUUAGGAGAGCUGCUUCCACGCAGACCCCUGCUCUUCCACCUCGUCUAUCCCGCCUUCCUAGCGCCGAUACGCCGCCUUUUCUCUACAGCACUUAUCAGCACGAAUCGCAUCCAGACCUUUCCGGAAGGGCUCUGUCUAGUGGUGGGGCCAUCGGAGGCGUCGGGUCACUGUCACUCGCUGGAGGUCUGCCGUUAUCUACCUCACAAACUUCCAUGCAGCUAACGAAACACGGCGAGACGUCCACGCCUUCAUCACCUAGGGCGUCGUCGGGGAGGCUCCGAGAUCUGCAGCUCACCCGGAAGCCCCUUCACAUACCAUACAGCGAAUUCGAGCCCUACAAAGCGGACAUGCGGAAGCGAGUGGAGCUGACACGGUCCGGUGGGCUAGACGGGCUCCUCAGCAUCCAUAUCAUGUCCGGUCAAGGCCUAAAAUCUUCCAAAACAAGCUUGCGUGAUCUUUACUGUGUCGUUGCAGUGGACUCCCUCAACAAAGCCAGGACUAUGAUUAGAACUGGAGCAAUCAACUUCGACUGGGACGAGGCGUUCGAUGUGGAUUUAGAAGAUUCGAAGGAAGUGUCCUUCCUCAUCUAUCAUUGGGACCCCAACUAUAAACACAGGCUUUGCUUCCAUGGAUCUAUAUUGCUGCCCAGUUACGUCAGCAGUGGUCAUAAGAGAUAUGUGGCCAUCAAACUGGAGCCGAAAGGGAUUCUUUUUGUGACUCUGCUCUAUAAAGAGCCAGCCAUAUCGCUCCAACGCUUACCUUCGAUAAAGAAAAAUGCUCUGUUUGGCGCCGAGCUAGAAUCGAUCAUUUUGAGGGAGAACUCAGGGCUCAAUGUUCCACUUAUUGUUCACAAGUGUGUUCAGGAAGUAGAGAGGCGGGGCUUAGAGACUGUCGGAAUUUAUCGUCUCUGCGGAAGUGCCAGGAGAAAGACAAUGCUCAGAGAGGCGUUCGAGGCUGACGCUUUAUCGGUUGAUUUGUCACCGGAGAAUGUUUCGGACAUUCACGUCAUAACAGGUGUUCUCAAAGAUUAUUUACGUGAGUUACCAGAGCCACUGUUUACUAACGCCUUGUAUCAGAUGCUUCUAGAUGCACUAAGUGUGCGCUUACCAUGUGACCCGGAGGGGAGCGCAAAACUCAUGCUCAGUAUUUUAGAGUGCCUUCCCUCUGCUAAUCAGGAUACAAUGGCACUUCUUCUCAAUCACUUACGCAGAGUGGCAGCACAUUGUGACAAGAACAAAAUGCCAAUAGAUAAUCUGGCCAUUUGCUUUGGACCUGUACUUCUGUGUCCUGCCCCAAGUUCGAACCCAGAUCCCCUACUAGAUUUCAGAAAACAUAUUGAGGUGCUACGCUAUCUACUGGAGAUAUGGGACUAUGAAGGAAGCAGUAGUACUGGCACCUCAAAGUCACCCACAGCAGAUACAAUCAUUUCAGUAGAAACAGGAGACUCACCCCACCAGACAUCACAUCAGGGCCAGCAGAUGGACAGUUCCAGAAAUGAUACCAUCAAAUCAGAUGCUGGCGACAUGACAUCCAGCAGGCAAUGACACUGGCUACUGACUAGAUUUUUAUCUAAUUUUUUUACAAUCAUUAUUGUAUAUCCUAUUGUUGAGAUCUCUAUCACUAUUAGUAUUCAUAGUAAAUAAAAACUAAUCAAUGUACAUCUUAGACUGCAGCAUAGAACUAUUCCUGUAUAUACAAAUAAUUGGAUUUAAAUUAUGACUGGUGUAUACUUAUUGAUAUGAAAAUAUCUCUAAAGAAAUAAAGCAGGUUUAUUUUGUCUUAAGUUUUUUUUUAACAAAUAUUUGAGAAAAAAAAUUCCUAGUUUACAGCUUCAGAAUAUAUUAAAAGGCAUGGAUUUAUACAUAAAUAAAUAUAUAUAGAGAGAAAAGAGCUGUUUGUUAAAUUGAUAAUGCUGUACUGUGAAAUAGUAAGAAGAAUGUGCUUGUCAGAUGGUGAAAAACAACUGUAUCAGUUGUGGUAUGCUUAGUUAUUAUGCUUUGAAUAAUGAUUUUUAAAAAGUAUUUCACAUAGGCUGAUUCGAAAAAUUUCUAAGAAAAAUUAUAGGUCAGGCAGCUAGAGUUUAAAUAAUUAUUUGAAUAUUAUCAAGCUUCAAAUUGAAAUUAGAAUUUCAUCCAUUUAGCUUGCUAAUCAACAAAGGAAAAAUUUUGUUUUGCUUUAUUUUUUAAAACAUCAUAUGUAAAGUUAAAGUAAUUGAUCAAACAUUUUACUCAGACUGCUUGUAUUAUGAAUGAUAUUUCAUCCCAUGAUCCAAUUUGUAUGGAAAUGUUUGUAUGUUUUGGUCUCAUUAUCAUGUUAUGUAUAAAACAAAAUUAUAUUCAAUGUUGGCUGCUGUGUGUUUUGAGGUCAUCCUUGAUUUGAAACUAGCUCCAGUGCCAGUAGUACUUCAUUCCAUGUUGCAUAAGUGUGCUUUUUUUCGUUAAUAGAGAUAAUAAGCUGGUAUUACUGUUAGACAGCUGUACUGCCUCUCAUGAUCAGCUGAUAAUAUGGCAUUGUUGAGUAAACAUGUCUAUUCCAGAAGGCAAUAUUCAAUUAUUUAUCCUAUAACCAUGUAUAAGACAUUCAUUCUAAUCAUUACGGACUGCAAACAUUCGUAAGAGAACUAUUUUGAUGAAAUGGCAAGUGUAAGAUUGACUAAUGUAUUUUUUUUAUAUAUCAGUGUACUUUCCGAAAGAUAACCAGUGAUGUGAAUGUCCACUGCUGUCUUUUGUUUUGUUAACCAUUUGAAAUGUUGCUUUCAAAGAUUGUAUGAGACCAAGACAAUUUCUGGAUAAAAAUUUGGUUUUGUAGUCAUAUUUUUAUUACAUUGAAUGAGAUGUGUCAUAUGUUGUUUGGUUAUUUUUUAAAUACAUGAUACAAAUAUAUUUUAAGGAAAAACAUUCCAUUUAUAGGUUGAAGAAAUUUAGAUUAUACCGGGUAGUUAAGUAAAAUUAGAACAAUUGUUUUUAAUGUGUACAAGUUUUCUUCUGUGAUUUGUAUUAACUGAAAAAAAAAAUUGAAAAAAAUUGAUUAACUAAUUAGUUUUAAUUUUUUUUUAUUGAUUCAUGUAUUGUCAUCAACUACGAAUAAUUGUGCAAAAUUUCAACUUGAUUCGAAAUGGAAUUGGUAGAAAAAAUGUGUAAAAAAUAACUCCACAUAGACAGCAACAUCUCUCAAUAAUUAGCAUUUAUUUCCUUUUUCAAUACCAAAAAAAAUAAUUAAUUACCAAUUAAUUUUUUUCUCAUUGAUUCAUUAUUUUUUGAUAAGUUCAACUAAUAAUUGUGUAAAGUUUUUACUUGAUCCUAGAAAGGGUGUGGGAGAAAUAACAUACAAAAAUUGUACUAGACACAAGAGUUGAGUUAUUAUUAUUAUUAAACAUUGUGAACAUUACAAUAAAAAGUCAUGAAAUGUGUGCACCUUUAUCUGAUCCCUUGUAUCAGUAUCUUUUUAAAUUGAUUGGAUUGAACUGUGAUUUCUUAUUAUGAAUUCUUUUUUUUUUUUCACAAAAAAUUUUUUUAGAAAGUCUAACUGCCCUUGUAAAUACCCUAAUAAUACAUUUCAUUUUAUAUGAAAAUAUUUAUACUGUUUUUGUUUUUAACUUUUUAUUCUUCUCUAUUUAUAUAAUGCCAAGAAUUUUUUUUGUUUUGUUUUUAAAUGUAAAAGAAAAAAGUAUACUUGUUUUGUAUAUGAGAAAAUCUAAUUUCUGUGAAACUUUGGUACCGGUAUCACCAGUCACAAAAAAAAAAACUUAUGGCUCUUUUUUUUUUUUUAAGAUACCUUCAUAAAUGUGACUUUUGACAUCAGGCUGUCAUCCUUAUCCUUUCCUCUGUGAUUUAAUAUAUGGUUGUGAAUUCAUUUGAAGCAAAAAAAUAUAUAUUUAAUUUUUCUUUGGAUUAUCAAUUUCCUAAUCUUGCCUAUUAAGUCAUACAUGUCAAGUGUAAAUGAACCGAUCUUGCUACAUUCCUUGAGUAAAUUGCCAACAUGAAAUAAUCAUUUUCUAAGGCUAUUUGGAAAAAGAUAAUUGUUAAUGGAUGCUAAGUUUAUUUUACAAGAGUAUCUAGCUUAAAAAUAUUCUUAACAGCACUAUUAAACUUAAUAACAAUGGCAUCAUCUAGAAUUGAAUUAUUUCAUAUGUGACCAAUGUUUACCACAAAGAUAAUUAUCCUUUCAGAUGUAAUAUACAUGAAUAUGUUUUUUAAGUAUGUGUCAGUGAUUUCCUGGUAUAAAUUCAUUGUUGCUGAUUGUCUAAGGAGAAAAUUUUGUCUAACUGUUUGCAUGUGAGUAUGCAAUAGCAUAGCUUUGCACAGCUGUGACCUGAGAACUUGAUGUCCUGUCACAAAGAAAUGUUGUUAUGGCCAUACAAUGAGUUAGUUUGCCUCCAGCAUACAUCUUUUCACUCCUAUCAAGUAGCUCCCUUCCAGAAUACAUCUCUUCACCCAUGUCAUGUAGUCAGAACUAAAUCAUCAAUGUUUCUUGCUUUAAUAAAGCUUUAAGUAUGUUUUAAUCAAUUUUCUUUCUUCAUAAUUGUUUUCCUGAUAUUGUUAUAUAAUUUAGAAAUAAAAUACCUAUGUUGAUAUAAUUAUAUUAACACUUCUUUUUAGUCACAUUCAAGUUAUCAAUGUAUAGUCCAUUUCAUUACUAUCUAUUUAGUCAAGGCGUAAGCCCUUAAUAAUGAUUUUUUUCCCUUUGUUUACCCAAACAUUUUUUUUAUAUGAUACAAGUAGGAUGUGUAAUAAAAUGUGUAUUUUUAAAACAAUUAUUUCCUGUUUAUACUUUGCUUAAUUGUUGUGAUCCAUAAAUUUAGGCAUUUCUUUUAUAUAUAUAUAUUCAAUUAAGUAACUGAGCCAGAGUUGCAACAAAACAAAUCACAUAUUAAUACCACAAUAAAGCACAAGAAUUUAGGACUAGUUGGGUAUUUUUUUUGGUGUUCUUUUUUUUCCUUUCAACUCUUGUAUUAUGGCAAUUAAAGCAAGGAAAAAAAUUAACAACUAAACAAAAUAUAUGCAAAAUGACCAACAGGAAGAAACCUCUCAAAACUCAAUGCAAUCUCCAAACACUUAUUUCUUUCUUUAGAAUUAAAUGUACAGAGGAAACAUGCUAUCUGUUCAAUUGUAGAGCGGUCAAUAUUUUUUUUUAAAAAGGAGGCAGACAGGAACACGGCAGGUUAUUCCAAUUCUACUGGGCUACUUGAAUUUGUUUCAAUAGUUGAUUUAUAAUAAAAACAUUCUAAGAAUAAUAAGAUGUAUGAUGGCUAAUACUUGUAUACAUUGUGAAUUAUAGGUAAUAAAUGAAACCAGCUACUUUAUGACAUUACUAUUAGGGAACAAACAAACAUUAGGAUAUUAAAUCUUUUAUCAAGGCUGAUAAAGUGAUAUCUAAUGAAGACCCAUGAAAUGACACUGAAGUUGUGGAAAAAUGAUAUUGAAUUACUU